CAACGGGGCCUCCCCCUGUGUCGUCAUCCAGUCGGAGUGAGUCACAGACGUUCGUCCUUGCCAGUGAUGGUCCGUGCUGCGUCCUGUUCACUCCUCAGCCUCGUCCCUCUCUGCUGCUGCUCCUCCUCAGUCCUCCCUCUGACUCCCCCGGCGCCCCUCACCCACAGUGCCUCGCCCAGCCACUCCUGAGGGCCCACCACGCCCCAGGAGACUAAGGGCGCCUUUUAAUGGGAGUUCUGCGGGCAUAAGGCAGGUGAAACGCAACAGCAGAUCAAGAAGCAGGAACCGAACAGGAGCUCACCGCCCUCACCCUCGCCUUCCUCACAGCCUGACGAGACCCGCCACGCACGCCGCCCCCCGCUGAAGACACCACCACCACCACCGCCAUGAGUGACCUCACCACGGACUCUAUGCCGCUUGGUCUUGGGCGGGCGAAGGACGGGGCAGGAGGGAACGCCGCGCCCCCACCGCAGCCCCGUCUUCGCCAGGUGCCCCAAGUCGUCAACAUAUCGAACAGCAAAGACGUCAUCAUCGGCCCCGUGUUCCACCAGCCCCCGCCCCGCCCCAGGCCGCCCCCCGACCCCCGCUUCACACCCACACGACGCCAGGUGGAAGCUUUACUCAGGUGUGAACGCGAGGUGUCGGAGAGGGACAAGGCUGCCGUUGUGGAGCAUAUGGGCGGCAGCUGGACAUCGGUGGGGCGGGCCAUGGGGUUUUCGGCGGGGCAGCUGGACAACAUUUCAGCAGACUUCCCUCGUUCCGCCGACCGCGCCUUCGAGUUGCUCCAGCGCUGGCAUGACCGGGAGGCUGAACGGGCGACCCUCUCUGCCCUCACCAAGUACCUGCUGGAUGUUCGUGUUCUGGCGGCGGUGAAGCAGCUGAAUCCGUGACCAUGUCGGGGUGUGGGUUGGGUAUGUUAGCACGGGUUGGGUAAGGGGUUCCUGUGUGUGUGUGUGUGUGUGUGUGUGUGUGUGUGUGUGUGAUCUUUUUCCUAUUCUCGUUUUGUAGGUCGGUAUUUCCCCUCAUCUUUUGUUUAUUUUUCCUUCAACUCUUUUUUUUUCCUUAUUCAUCUUUGUUUUCCCCUUCGUCACAUCAUCAUCCUCAUCCUUCACUAUUCUUCUCUUGCCCCUCAUUUUUAUCCCCUACCAUUAUUUUAUUUCUUCAUUUUCCCCUCUCUAUCCCUUCCUCCUUCCCUCGACUCUAUCCUCACAGCUACCGCACCUCCCAUCCCCUUCCUUAUCUUCUCUUCCCCUACAGUGCCGAGCCUCCUGCCACUCCCUCCCCCCCCGCCACUCCCUCACCACUCAGGCUGAGAGUAAAGUAGACAUAAGUUAAGGGAUGGAUGUACUCAUUGUGUCACAGUAAAUGAUGGUUAUGUGUCUA